AUGUUUAUGGCGAAAAGAGUAUUUACGGCACCAUUUACGAGGUUCCCACAAAUAAAUCGUUCGAUAAUUAAUAGUACCCGUAAUUUAUUCAUCCAAACAGUGGAAACACCAAACGAACAUGCAUUAAAGUUUUUACCAUCUAUGCAAAUCAUGAAGGAAAAUGAAACCAGAGAAUUUUUAAGCGGGAGAGAAGCUGCUUGUAGUCCAUUAGCAUUAAAGUUGUUUUCUAUCGACGGGAUUAAAUCGAUCAUGUUUGGAUCAAACUUUAUUACAAUCGAAAAGGCAGAUGAAGAUUUACACUGGUCGUUAUUAAAGCCUGAGAUCUUUUCUAUUUUAACUGAAUUCUUGAAUAAUGGCACUCCUAUUAUUAAUGAAGAAUCAGAACUCACUAAUGAUAUGGAAAUCAAAGAAGAUGAUGAUGAAACUGUUGCUAUGAUUAAAGAAUUAAUUUUUACUAGAAUAAGACCAGCCAUUCAAGAUGACGGAGGAGACAUCGAAUUUGUCAGUUUUGUUGAAGAUAACGGGACAGUUUAUCUUAGGUUGAAGGGUGCGUGUAGAUCGUGUGAUUCGUCAUCUGUUACGUUAAAGAAUGGUAUCGAGAGUAUGUUGAAGUAUUACAUCGAAGAAGUCACUACAGUCGAACAGGUGAAUGACGAUGAUACAACUGAAAUUGUUGAAAAGUUCAAGUCAGAAGACGUACAUUUAAAACCUAGUCCAAGGGAUGAUCCUCCUAGCUUGUAA